AUGUCACCCAUUAAGCAUAUUUGGGAUGUUCUGGAUCGGCGUAUACGACAGCGUGUUCCAGUUCCUGCCAAUAUUCAGCAACUUUGCACAGCUAUUGAAGAGGAGUGGACCAACAUUCCACUGCCCACAAUCAACAACCUGAUCAACUCUAUGCGACGGAGAUGUGUUGCACUGCAAUCAAAACUGACUCCACAUUUGAAACUAGUGAUGCUGAGGAUGAAAGGAGUAAAGACCUCAAUAUCUAAUCUUUUAUUGAGUGAAAAUACAUCACAGGUCCAGACAGACCACAGCUUGAUGUGUGUGAAGCAGGGAGAAGUGUGUGGAAACCUGAUCACACUGGUGGAGAUACCUGCUCUCUUUAACAAUCAGCUCUCAGAACAGGAAGUGAUGCGUCUGACUCUACACUGUGUCUCUAUAUGUGAUCCUGGAGUUCAUGCUUUCCUCAUUGCUGUUCCUGGAGAUGCUCUAACUGAUGAAAAACAAUCAGAACUAGAGAUGUUUCAGAGUAUCUUUGGCUCAAGAGUUCAUGACCACACCAUAUUCCUCAUCAACCAGCAGUCUCAGAGGCAACAGUUACACGAGAGUCUUCACUCUGUGAUAAAGGCAUGUGGAGGACGAUAUGGAUUCUACAGCAGCAGAACAGAUGCAGAUGAACUCAUUACACGCGUGAAGGACCUUCUAAAAGAGAACUGCAGUCAUCUGUACACCAUGGCCAUGUAUACUUAUGAACAGAUUCAAACACAGCUUCAGUACAAAAGUGAAAAGGAAUAUCUUCAACAGCAAAUGACUGAACUCAAGAUAAGCAAUCAAACUAAAGUCUACUUCUCAGGAACUACUUAUCUAUCAGAAUGCAGCACUCUUAACAGGCUUGUAACAAGAUGUAAUUAA